AUGGGGUUAGCAGCACCCCGGAAGAGAACCAAGAUUUCUCACGAUCCCAAUAAUACCAAUUGGUCGCGAUCAACGAGUGGUUUCGGACAUAAGAUUCUCAGUUCCCAAGGAUGGACGCCAGGAAGUUUCUUAGGAGCUCGCAAUGCCGCUCAUGCUGAUAUGUUUACUGCUGCAAGCGCGUCGCAUAUCAGAGUCUUUGUGAAAGACGAUACCCUUGGUCUCGGGGCCCGGUCUAAACGGGAACCGCUGGACGAACCCACCGGCCUUGACGCAUUCAAAGGUCUGCUUGGUCGACUGAAUGGGAAAUCGGACGCCGAAUUACAGGUUGAGCAGAGAAAGAGGGACGAUGUGAAACUCGCUCGUUAUGCUGCUACCAAGUGGCAAGCUGUUAGGUUCAUAAGUGGUGGUCUAUUGGCGCAAGAAAAAGAGGUGACAACCUUCGAGAAGGCUCGCAAUCCACUGGCGGACGCAAAAGAGACACCCUGUCGUAUACCAGAAGUGAAGAUGAAGGCUGCGAACGCUACCGAUAAUGACUAUGGAGAAGAGGUAUCGGAUGACAAGACUGAGAGUAUCGAUGCCUCUGAAGAUUCGGGGUCCCAUAACCGGCGAGAAAAAGACAAGACGGACAAAGACAGCAAAAAGAAAAAGGAUAGAAAAGACAAGAAAGGUAAAAAAGACAAGAAGGAUAGCAAGGAUAGGAAAGACAAUAAGGAGAAAAAGAGAAAGCGAGCAGAGCAACAAGAAGACUCCGACAACCCUCUGCAAACGCGAACCAUGGAGAAUGGUACACACUCUAGCAAUGAGCAGGACCAGCUCCCGUCAGAUACAGUGAAGGAACGUCGUCCACCCGGGAGACACAUGAUUAGAGGACGGUACAUUGCCCAAAAAAGGAAGGCCGUGAUGGAUGAGAAGUCUUUGAACGAGAUCUUCAUGGUAAAAUCAUAA